CGUAAAUCGGUGGUGGAAUCGUGUUGCUCUGGUGUCUGUGUGCCUGAAGGCGAUUAGUGUUUACAACCCGCAGUUCCGCAUUCACUCACUUUACAGAGCCUCACAUUCCCUCUGUGGGAGGCUGGGCUCCGAUUCUCCAACAUCUCAUGUCACUUCUCUUCAAAUAAUCCUCACCUCAAUGAAAAACAUCAAGGGCAGGAGAUGGAGCUCUCAAAUUAUGCCAGCCAACUGCUGCUGCAGCUCAACCAGCAACGUUCCAAGGGCUUCUUAUGCGACGUUGUCAUUAUGGUGGACAACACACUCUUUCGAGCUCAUAAAAGCGUCCUCGCCGCCGCCAGCAGUUACUUUAAGUCCCUUGUCCUGCACGAUAACCUCAUCCACCUUGAUGCUGAGUUGGUAGAGCCAGCCAUGUUCCAGCAAAUUCUGGACUUCAUUUACACCGGCAGGUUAUGUGAGGAGAGUCAGGGAACAGAGCGCAGGCAGGAUCUGAUCAGCUUUCUCACUGUAGCUAACUACCUCCAGCUCCAUGACCUGGCAAGUCUGUGUACCAGCGAGCUCGAGUCCAGCAGCACAACCUGCAAGGGCUCAUUACACACCCAAAGCCUGCCGUUUUCACCCACUUCAAAACACUUGGUGAAGCGGGAGGCAGAAGACACUUCAUCUGAUAUUGAAGUAUAUGCAAACAUGGUCCCUCCAAAGAAAAGACACAAUGGCGCGAACAAACGCAACUCGAGCGGCAAGCAAAGCUUUGGGCUGGAUUUGACCAAGAAGAGCUCUUCUGAACGUGUUGUAAAUAAUGUCAUUAGCAGUAUGCAGGAAUACUCACAGUCCUCUGUUUCCAAGACAACUAAUAAUACUCUCCGGUCAGGUACAGAGAGAAAGGGCUCCGCAGGGAAAACCCAAGACCUGGAUACAUUCAAUGGAAUGGAAGAAUGGAGAAAAACACCUUCUAGAGAGCGCUCCAGGAGGAAAGGCAACAUCAAUGGUUAUACACUUGCAGGCAAAAGUGGAAAUCACUUAAGACAAAACCAUGCGGGAGAAAAUUCCGAAGAGUCGCCACAAGACUCAGGGUCCAACGGUGCCGGCUCUCACUUUGUCUACAGACAGGAGUCCUAUCUCGAACCGUCUCAGGAGGACAAGAGUUAUGUCUGUAUCCCAUGUGGAAAAGGAUUCCCAUCUUCAGAAAGCCUAAAUUCCCAUGUCGAAUCUCACACAGAUGUAGAUGUGACCCUCGUUAGGGUCAAGCAAGAAGCGGACGAAGAUGCUCCUGCUGCUGGCACCUACAAAGCCCUAGAGGUCGAAGACAAAAGCCCGUUGAAACCCUACAAAGAGCUGGACACGCUACGACCAUUCCCUUGCAACAUCUGCGGAAAAAUGUUUACGCAACGCGGCACCAUGACGCGCCACAUGCGCAGCCAUCUGGGCCUAAAACCGUUUGCCUGCAAGGAGUGUGGCAUGCGUUUCACGCGGCAGUACCGCCUCACCGAGCACAUGCGCGUGCACUCGGGAGAGAAGCCCUACGAGUGUCAUGUCUGCGGGGGCAAGUUUACACAACAACGAAACCUCAUCAGUCACAUGCGCAUGCAUACCUCACCAAAUUAGACAGAGUUGCAAUAGAUCAUACACAACAUAUCAGUAACGCUUCUUCUCAAAUGAGCCUGGUCUAAUAAAACCACAUUACCUCAUGCCAUUUUAUCUUCACCAAAUAAUAACUACGGUAUGUUUUUUGUGGUACAUAUUAUUUUGAAAGAAUGAAUGUUCUAGCUGAUUCUUACAGUUACAAUGCGGAACGCAUCGAUUUAUGCGCUUUAUCUGGACAAUACAAAACCUCAUGUUUACUUGAAUACAUGUGCGCACAUUGCUACCUCAGCGAUUACCUCCCAAAUCCUCAGAUGCCCUUUGAGAUUAUGCUCAUGUCCACAAUAUUGAAUUAUUUUCUCAGAAAAUAGAAACUGAACGAUCCGGUUAGAAUUUUUUUGCCAUUAUCUGGAAAGUAAUACGGCAUCUGAUAGAAAUCCCAAAAUAAACUGUAGUGAACGGUAGAGGAGAACACACUGCCUGUUUUACAGCGAGAGGACAGAUCCAAAACCAGCGUAGGGUUUGUGAUAAGGAUUAAUGGUUCAAGGGAACAAGGGUCGUUACCUGAGUUCGUGGAGCAUUUAGGCAUGUGUGAUGUACAGUUCCAAAGAAAUAAUGAAUGUUGAAAGAUAAAUAAAAUACUGUAUUACUGUAACCAAAUCUAUAUUCUUACGAUAUACGUAUUUAAGUGUAAGUCUAAUUUAUGUGUAUGAUCAUUCUUUGUUAGUUGUCACCCCUCCUUCCUCCUCACGGGCUUUUAUUCUAGAUGCAAGCCCUUUCCAUUAGAUAUUCCCCGUGCUUACACCGUUUUCCAUUUAUAAAACCAUUGAUGACCUGAGACCAAAAGGACUAUGGAUAAACUGUUGUAAAUAUCUUUUGAGUGUCUUGAAGAGAUUGCUUGGUUGCUUAUUGAUUGCAGGGUUUUGAUAGUUAUAGCAUGAGUGAUUUAAUUUUGAAUCCUUCGAUCAGUUAGAACACUGGGGGUUUUGCUUACGUGUAAAAUCAUUUGUGAUAAUGAUGUUCUAUUUUGGAUAUACUCUUAUAUUGUGUCUUUCCAUUCCGUGUUGUGCUGAUCUGUUACUUUUCAUCUACCUCAUGUUUUCAGGGUGUUCACCCACUCGCCGUGUUACAAAACACGCACCUCUUUGUUGUUUACAUGCUUAUCGGUAGCCAUAUUUAAGUGUUAUACCAAAUCUCAUGUAAGAAAAACCUCACACUGUAACUCAUGCUUGCACACUUGUAUAUUAGAAUCAUUCAUUUUGGGCAAAAAAAAAAAAAAAAGAUUUUUGCCACCACAGUUACACCAGGUCAAUAGAAAAAUUUCUGAUUUUUUUUUUAUUCCCUUCCAAACCCCAGGAUGAGUUUACACAUAUGUUGCUAUCUGUGAUGCUGUCUUGUUACAAUAUGUAGGAACUUUUCUGUUUCAUGAUGGACCUGAAACCGAAACUGUGACAACACUUGGACUUUUUUGCUCAGGAAACCUCAGGGAUUAUUUCAGGCACGUCUGAAUUUUAUACCACCAAGCACCAGAUAACGAUAUUUUUGCAGCUGCUUUCUUCAGUGUUUGAACACUACUGCCACAUUUAAAUACACUGACGCAUUGUUUCCAGCCAACCCGUUACGCCUUCAUAAGGCAUGGCAGCUCAACUCUGUGGAUUACUUUCCACUUGUGGUAUAUUUUAAUAAUAAACAAUUGAUUAACGUUAGUUUCAUAAGCAUUUGGAAAGAACAUCGAAUGCCAUUGUUCGUAGAAUACAAAUUGUGACCUGUUGAAUACCAAAGCACAUUUUCACAAAAUGGAUGGAUACAUAUGAAUGACUGUACUUGAUAUACUUAUGAUUAAAUGCUGAUUAAAAACA